ACAAGAAAAAAUUAGGCGCGAUGUGGCGGGGAAGAAUCAACCUCAUUUCGCGUCCCCUAUAAAUACCAUGUCCCCUCUGGGUGUGUGGCUGUCGCCUCAUUUUUCAAAUCUAUUGUGGCUCUCAGAACUGAGUUUCUCAAGGAUGGGGAAGAGGAGUAAAGCUAGGGUUUUAGAGGAACAUGUAGAGGAAGAAGACGAAGAAAUGGAGGAAGAUCAGGAAUAUCUCGACGGAUCUACAUCCUCGAAAGAUAAGAGCUUAUAUGAGAUUCUUGGUGUAGACAAAGCUGCAUCCCAGCAGGAAAUUAAAAAAGCUUAUUACAAGUUGGCACUCCGCCUACAUCCUGAUAAAAAUCCUGAUGACGAGGAGGCCAAAGAAAAAUUUCAGCAGCUACAAAAGGUAAUAUCUAUUCUUGGUGAUGUGGAGAAACGUGCAGUAUAUGACCAGACUGGCUGUGUUGAUGAUGCUGAUCUAGCAGGAAAUGUCAUCCAGAAUUUGCAGGCAUUUUUCAGAGCCAUGUAUAAAAAGAUCUCAGAGGCUGAUAUUGAAGAGUUUGAAGCAAACUACAGAGGCUCUGAGUCAGAGAAAAAAGAUUUGCUUGAGCUGUACAAAAAAUUGAAGGGCAACAUGGACAGGCUUUUCUGCUGCAUGCUUUGCUCUGACCCUAUGCUAGAUUCCCAUCGGUUCAAGGAUAUCAUCGAUGAGGCAAUUUCUGCAGGAGACUUAGAGUCAACCAAAGCGUACGAGAAAUGGGCCAAGAAGGUGUCUAAAACAAAGCCUCCUACCAGUCCAUUGAAACGCAGAAAGAAAUCGAAGAAAGAUUCAGAAGAUUUAUAUGCAAUAAUAGGUCAACGGCAAAAUGAGAGAAGAGGCAAGAUCGAUUCUAUGUUCUCAUCUCUUGUUCAAAAAUAUGGUGGAGGUGAAUCAGUUCCAGAGCCAAGUGAAGAAGAAUUUGAAGCUGCUCGAAGGAAACUUGAAAGCCGAAGAACUUCUAAACGAAAGUCUCUUCUUAUGUGACAUGUAAGAAAGCUCAAGUGAUCAAUAUAGAGGGCAAACUGGCCAAGUGUUGUAAUGAGAAAUGCUUCAUGCCAUCCACUCCUGGGCAAGUAUUUCUGUAAUCAUGAUUAGACUUUAAUUUUUUAUAGAUCCUUUGGUAGGUCCAAAAGAAAGAUAGUAUUUUAUGCUUCACGGUUGGUCAUUUGACCUUAAAUGAAUUGAAUCUAGUUGUAAUGGAUUUGGGACAAAAUGCAACUGCUUGUCUUACUCCCCCUUUGACCCUAAUAUCUGCGUGAAAUCGACAAUUCUGCCCGGUUCAUCACCUA